GCAGACACUUGAUCUGCUCUGAGACACAACGCGAUGGGGCCGCUCCUAGUGCUGCUGUUCCUGGUGCCCGCGCUGUGUCCGUUCUCCCCUGCGGAGGGGCGUCAGGUUCGUAAUAAAGCGGUGGCAUCUGUGUCCACCACCCUGAGAGCUAUCCAGAAGGAGAUUGUGAAUAAGCACAAUGAGCUGAGGAGAGAUGUGGAGCCCAGCGCCAGCAACAUGCUGAAGAUGAGCUGGAGUGCCAAGGCCGCCGCAAAUGCCCAAAGGUGGGCAGAGCAGUGCAAUUACAAACACAGUGACUCCAAAUUCAGAGCCACCAAUCUAAGCUGUGGUGAGAAUCUCUUCAUGUCAACUCACCUCACCACAUGGUCCCACGCAAUCCAGAGCUGGUACGAUGAGUACCUUGACUUGAUCUUUGGCCAAGGGCCAACGAAUCCUGGCGCCGUCGUGGGGCACUAUACUCAGGUGGUCUGGUACGCAUCUUACCUUGUUGGGUGUGGAGUUGCCUACUGCCCUCAACAAUAUUUAAAAGUCUACAUGGUUUGCCACUACUGUCCUGCUGGUAAUUUUCGUCCAAGACUAUACUCCCCUUACAAAGCAGGAGAACCAUGCAGCCUUUGUCCAGAUGACUGCGACAAUGGGCUCUGCACCAACAGUUGUGCUUAUGAAGACAAUUAUGCUAAUUGUAAAGACUUGAAAAAAUCAGUAACUUGUAAACACCCAAUGGUCAAAAAUAAUUGUGGUGCCUCCUGCAAUUGUUCCAACAAAAUUUACAAUGGACCCAUUACAGACGACUAGAGGUCUGCAGACGAUCACCAUCUACUUAGACUUCACAUAUACAACCCGGAAAGCUGUAGGCGUGUUUCCUACAAAUCUGACUCAAAACUGUGAAGUCUUUCCUUUUCUUCUAUAUUUCCUCCUUGUUUUUAUAGAAAUCAUUUUCCUACAAAGAAUUGAAGACUAUGGAGAUCCCUAUGUGUCUUCUGGGAUUUUGCUGCAUAAAGUUUAUGAUAUGAAUUGAAUCAAACAGAGGCUUCUAUGCGUUGUAUUUUGCUAUGAUUAUGGUCACAGAUACUAUAAAUUGAAAUGCAGAAUUACUUCCCCAGUAAAAAUGGGACUAAAACCACAGAAUAUAUUAGACCAUUGCCAUUAAUCCUAAACUACAGUCACCAGUUCUAACUCCACCCAGUUAAAUAUCUGCAAAGAAAUAUUUACAUUCAUUCCCUUUAGGAAUUCUUUCCCAAUUCAUUCCCCUAUUCAUACCCCUGGACUUCAUCCUUACUAUUAAGUUGAAACUUAUGACCAAUAUAAUAACUUAUGACCCCUGAUUUCUCAUGCCAAGGACAAUGAAGAUAUUUGAUUCUUUACCUGCACAAACUGCCAAAUAGACAAAGAUCAUUUCUUUGUUCAUAACAUACCUUCUCUUAAAUGCAUCUUCUUUAAGACAAUAAUAUAUGUGUAUAUGUGUGUGCUCUCUCCUCAAGAGAUUAGAAGUCAGUGUGCAUUCUUGGCAUCUAUACUGAAGUUAGAGGCUCACUUUCAAAGACUAAAUAAUGCAAAGGGAAAAAUAGUACUAACAACAACUCUGAAAAACGCUAUCAUAACCAACUGAUGUAAAUGCCAUUCCUUUCUGUUCAAUUUGAAUCUGUUUGUUCUCUUGGAAAACAAUCGACUGAAAUGUAUUUCAUAAAGCAUAACUUUCUUUUCCAGUGUGACUACCUAAACAAUGGCUCCUAGGGAUAAAUAAAAUUUAAUCUCAGC